AUGGAUGUUUCGAUAGCCAGCCCAACCAUAAAAAAGGAAACAUCAGCAUUAAAAAUACUUUUAGUGGACGAUAACCCCAUCAAUUUAAAACUAUUACGACGUAAACUUUCGACACUUUUCAAAAUUCAUCAUAUGGAUUUGGCGUAUGAUGGUCAUCAAGCAUUACAAUUAUUGGAACAAAAACUAUACGAUGUGAUAUUAUUGGAUAUUGAUAUGCCUCGAUUGAAUGGUAUUGAAACAACACGGUCAAUAAGACAACCAAUAAAAUCAUCAUCAUCACCUCAUAUAUUAGAAUCCAAUCGUACUAUUCCUAUUAUUGCAGUGACCACCAAUGAUUCUUAUGAAGAACGACAAUUGUAUCAAGAAGUCGGCAUGGAUGCAUGUCUUGGUAAACCAGUCAACACUAGUCAAUUGAAAUUCCAAUUACUUCAACUUUUAGAUGAUUCAUUAUCAUCUUCUGUAAUUAUCUAG